CCCGGAGCGCGCGGAACCCCGAGCGCGCGGGGCCGGUUUCCGGGGGACGCGGCCGGCGGCGGACACGUCGCGCGAUGGACCCGGCCGGACCCUCGGGGCCCGGGGACGCCUGGGUGGGCCGCCACCCCAAGUACGUGGAAAUGAUGGAAUUAGCCAUCGGAGACACCGCCCAGGUGUACACCGCCUUCUUGGUGUACCUGGAUCUCAUGGAGAGUAAGAGCUGGCACGAGGUCCGCUGCGUGGGGCUGCCCGAGCUGCAGCUCAUCUGCCUGCUGGGCACAGAGCUGGAGGGGGAAGACUCGCAGACCGUGUUGCCCGCACCCGUCUCCGCCUCGCUCAGCCACAGCAGAAUCCGGGAGAUCUUGAAGGCGUCACGGAAGUUCCAGGAGGACCCCGAAUCUCCCGCGUCCUUCACCCUGGCCAUCGUGGAGUCCGACUCGACCAUCGUCUAUUACAAACUCACCGACGGCUUUAUGCUGCCCGACCCGCAGAACAUAACCCUUAGGAGGUGACGCCGUCCGUCUGACACACCCGGUCCUCACAGUACGGGAGCAAGCAGCCGCCACUGGGGAACCACCUGGACCCAGAUGGCCACUGGGCCUCGCUCUCCUACCCCACCAGUUACCCUGGUUUUUUGGUGUUUUUUUUUUUUUACUUUUUGGGUCCCACCCGGCGAUGCUCAGGGCUAACUCCUGGCUCUGCACUCAGGAAUCACUCCUGGCGGUGCUCGGGGGACCCUAUGGGAUGCCGGGAAUCGAACCCGGGUCGGCCACGUGGCAGGCCAACGCCCUCCCCGCUGUACUAUCGCUCCGGCCCCCAGUUAUCCUUUUUAAAGAGUAAAACUCCCAGAUGGAAAACUCUUUCCCCUGUCUGGGUAGUUUCUUUAGUCGGUUCUUCCUGGGAGACAUUUAAUUGCCUGGUGGGACGACUGUCUCCAGGGGGGAACAGAGGCUGGAUUGGGGGUGCUUUCUUUUGCUCCCUGCCCGCCCUGGCUCCUGGCCAGUCGGCCCCGUCCCUCCCUCCACCCUCCGUCAGUAUUUCCCCAAUGUUGUGACACGCCGGUGGUCACUUUGCUCUGCCUUUUUGUCCCCGGUAUAAAAACGCACAGUCUCUUCCCGUUGGUGCCCCUGUUACAAGUGCUCCAACGUACCCAAAGGGCACCACCGUGUGUUUUUAGAAUACGAGCUUGUCUUAGAUUCCUGGAGGCCAGAGUAAAGUCCACUUUCCACUCGUAUUACUGCCACCAGAUUAAAAACGAUCCACACCAAGUCGGCCUAGUGGCGUUCUGGUGACGGCCCAAAGAAGCCACUUCAGCGUUGACGGAGGCCGUCGGCAAACCCCUGGGAAGGGCCAGAAAGCGACAGUGUUUAGUGCAAAAAGGCCGGACACUCUCUCACCCGGUUCCUCCACACAGCUGGUGUUGUGGAGGCCGGACACCGACGCAGACCAUGCACAGACAGCCGGGCCAGGCGGCGUUCCAAUAAAGCUCUAUCGGCAGAUGCAGACCAGCAGUGCCAACGUCUGGUCUGGAGAAAGAGCCAAUAAAUAAACAGAGCUGGUUGGCUAACACAUGCUGCCCGUGAACUCGUUAAAAACUCAGUCGUGAGCAUUUAGGGAAAACAAACUAUGAAGCAAAAACAAUCGAAAUCCAGAAACCACCCCGUGAGUGUGACCGUGACCUGAAGUCACACAUGACUUUCGGAAUAAAAGUUUUCAAAUUAAAAAGG